GCACGUGGGCAGCAACCUUGGCUGUGAGUGUGUGUGUGUGUGUGAGAGAGAGAGAGAGUGUGUGUGGUGUGUUUGGGGGGAGUGCCUGGGAAGCAGCGCUUGUCUGGGCUUUGCAUCCUGUUGUGAAAGUGCAACGGCGCGUGUGGUGUUGUGUGUGCGUGUUGUGUGUCUGCGUGCUGUGUUUGCUGUCAGAGCGAGUUCAAGUAUGAAGAGAGGCAAGAAGGCAGAGGAGGUGGCUGCAGAAGGAGAAAAUGAUACAGCCUCUGCUCCUGCAAAGAAAACAAAGAAGGCCAAGGAACCCGAGGCCCCGAUAAUGUAUGAUGAUCCUCCUGACAAAAUGACCAGCAAAGACGGACGCGACGCUAACAUGAAGAUCACCUCCUGGAACGUGGAUGGGCUGAGGGCCUGGGUUAAAAAGAAGGGCCUGGAUUGGGUGCGCGAGGAGAAUCCAGACAUUUUGUGCCUGCAGGAGACGAAGUGCGCGGAGAAAGACCUCCCUGCUGAAAUCACCUCAAUGCCCGAGUACCCUCACAAGUACUGGGCUGUGUCAGGUGCUAAGGAGGGUUACAGUGGGGUGGCCGUGCUCUGCAAGACUGAACCCCUCAAAGUGACCUAUGGAAUUGGCAAAGAGGAGCAUGACAAGGAGGGCCGUGUCAUCACUGCUGAGUUUCCAAACUUCUACCUGGUGACGGCCUACGUGCCAAAUGCUGGCAGAGGCCUUGUUCGCCUCGAUUACCGCAAAACCUGGGAUGUGGACUUCCGGGCGUACCUGAGUGAGCUGGACGUGCAGAAGCCCCUGGUGCUGUGUGGAGACCUCAAUGUCGCUCACCAGGAGAUCGACCUGAAGAACCCCAAGGGGAACAAGAAAAACGCCGGCUUCACCCCCGAGGAGCGCGAAGGCUUCAGCCAGCUCCUGUCGGCAGGUUUCACCGACAGCUUCCGUGAGCUGUACCCCGAGCAGACCAAUGCCUACACCUUCUGGACCUACAUGAUGAACGCCCGCUCAAAGAAUGUGGGCUGGAGGCUCGACUACUUUGUGCUGUCAUCUUCUCUGCUGCCAGGCUUGUGUGACAGCAAGAUCCGCAACAAGGUGCUGGGGAGCGACCACUGCCCCAUCACUCUGCACAUAGCUGUGUAAGGUCACUGAGGUCAGCAGGCUUUGCAUAACCUUCAGUCUGUUCCCUUCAUGUCUUUUUCAACUUGUAUGCUCAGCCACUGAGGCAUCAUCUUCUCUACGGAGUGCUGCUCAAACUCACUCUUGUAGUAAAUUCAACUGUAGCUUAGCAGUUUAGGACUUGUACUUUACUGUUUUUUUUUUGUUUUUCCACAUAAGAUGUUCAGAAAAUGACCUCACAAAACACAAUUUGUGUCUUCCUGUAACUGAAUUUGUCUCUAAAUGAAGUCAUGUCCAAAUUUCUUUUGACAAUUUUGUAACAGAUGCAACACUAAAUGUUCAAAAUGUGUAAGCUAAUUUUCAGGACCUGCAGGAUAUUUGUUACUGUUUUAAAGUGAAUCAACUGCUGUUAAAAGAAAAUGUCUUAAGCUUCUUUUCCAAACCAGUGUUAAAGUUUCUGUUGUCAAACUUUCCCACACUUGCCAAUAAAAGACUGAAUUAUGUA